GAGCCAAAAUCAAGGAGGAAGUAUGAUUGGUUAAUGAAAUGACGACUCACUUAAUCCAGUGUUUAAACGCAUUACUUUCAUUUAUGUGGCUCUAUCUACAGAUACUUUUGUAUGUGACUUGCUACACUGACUUGCAAAACCAGAACCUUUCUCUGUCACUGACAUCUCGAAAGUUAGAGAAGUAGACAGCAAAAACAAGACAGUCAUGGAGUUGCAUGAAAUUACUGGAAAGAUGGACAGAAUUUCUGAACUGGAAGAAAGUAAGAGAGUACUGGAGACCUCAGUGGAAGAACGUGGAUCACCAGUCUCCUCCAAACAGAAGAGUGCAUCAGAGAACAUUUCUGUUGAAACUUCUCCUGGCCAGCUUCUCACCACAGUCUUGCCAGAAGCAGAAUCAACUGUCUACUCCAAACUGAGCGGUCCAUCAGAAGAUAUUGAUGCUGGAUCUUCUGCUGACUGGGCCUCUGCCGCAAGUGUGACAGUGCCGCUUUUGGAUCCGAAGGUCUGGAAUAAAUUUGGGGUGUACCGGGCCCUUUGCUUAAUGCUGUCUUUCCUCUGUCUGGCUCUACUGGUGGUCGUCAUCAUCCUCAGUGUCAAAUCACAGUCCCAGCCCCCAGUCUGCAAUGAGACUGUGAAGCGGGGCGAGGCCAAAGUGGAGGGAGGCUAUGUGAUUGGUGAAAGGAAUGAGGGGGAGGUGGAGCGUUCCCGCUCCACUCAGGUGUGCAACCUGAAGAAAUGUAAAGCACUUUACUGGGAACAGCUGAAUCGUGACUGCGAGAAAUGUGAAAAGGGCUGGCUGCACUUUGAAAGCUACUGCUACUUCCUCUCCAGGAACAGAAUGACAUGGAACGAGAGCAGGGAGGAGUGUCAAAAGAGAAAGGGAGAUCUGGUCGUCAUAGACAACCAAAGACUCCAGACCUUUCUAACGAACAAUGGGAACCUGCUGUACUGGAUUGGCCUGAGACAAAGGACAGGGACCUGGGUCUGGGUGAACAACACAGUGCUGGGACAAAGUUACUGGUCAGAGUCCAGUGGACAAUACGACUGUGGCUUAAUAAUGGGCAGGGAUCCUCCAGAGAGAAGCUGGAAAACUUCACCUUGUCACAUCUCCACCUUCUACAUCUGUCAGAGAGGGUACUAAAGCUGUGGAUGAAGAGUGAGGUCCGACAACUGCUGAAGGCAUGUGACAAUGCCUGCAGAUUCGGCGAUGUGGAGGCUUACAGCUCAUCCAGGACCAACUUGAAAAGGGGCAUCAAGAUGGCUGAACAUGACCACAAACUGCGGAUUUAGGAGCACUUCAACAACAACUGUGAUCCUAAACGCAUGUGGCAGGACAUUCAAGCCAUUACUGACUACCGGUCAAAGAUUCCUGCCCCCAAGGCCAGUGACGUCUUCUUCACCGACGAGUUAAACAGGUUCUACGCCUGCUUCAACAGAUGAUUAGAGACAAAAGAGAGCUCCCUCUCUUUGAUCAUUGGUAAUGCAGUUACUUUAUUACAUUUUUCAUAUAGAAAGCCUUGUCGGGAAUUGUUUGUGAACCUAAGUAAACAGUAUGUGUAAAAUGUAACAGUGCAGUCGGACUCUAAGUUCAGGUAAUAAUUACCACAUGAUCAUUAUAACUGCAAAAAGUGUAUGAGGAAAAAAAAACAAGCAUUGUAAUGGUAUAUAUAUUUUAUAUUAUAAAUAAUAUUUAGAAAAACCGAUCUGGUAGAACCGCUCUAAAAGCAAAAGGCAAAGACACUGGAUAGGUCAUUUCUGACAUAUAAAAAUGGAACAGUAAAGAACUGCUUCCUUGAUUUCG